AUGCUGGGCACCAGACUCCUGCUGCUGGCUCUGCUCCCAGGGACCUCCCCCUUGCCUGGUGGGCCGAUUGCGCCCGCGUUCCCCGGGGGACCUGGCCCCUGGCUGCGCAGGCCCCUUUUCAGCCUGGAGCUGUCUGACGCAGAGGACGCCUUCCCGCGCCGCGCGGGGCCGCUCGAGGUCCCGGCAGAUAGCCGCGUGUUCGUGCAGGCGGCCCUGGCCCGACCCUCCCCGCGCUGGGGCCUGUCCCUGCACCGCUGCUCAGUAACGCCGUCCUCACGCCCGGCCUCCGGGCCUGCUCUGGUGCUGCUAAGCGGGGGCUGCCCUGCUGACGCCUCGGUAGCUUUCCCGCCACCGUCGCACCCCGAUGCGACCCGCCCCGCACGCUUCAGCUUCCGGCUGCGCCCAGUGUUCAACGCCUCGGUGCAGUUCUUGCAUUGCCAGCUGAGCCGCUGCCGCCUCCUCCAGGGAGUCCGCCGGACGCGGGAGGCUCUGACCUCGCCGCCGAAGAAACUGCGGUGUCUGCCCCAGGAUGAGGCAUGCGCGGGCGUUGGCAGCGGCAGCGGCAGCGGCAGCGGCGAGAGCCUGGGCGCCGACAGCCCCCACCUGCACACGCUGACGCAGCCUAUCGUGGUCACAGUGCCGCGGCCGCCCCCCAGGCCGCACAAGAGCCUCCCGGGCAGGGCCGUGCUCCCCCAGCCGCCCGCGCCGGCCCCGGGGGCCCUGGAGCCCGCGCCUGUGGUGGCGCUGGUGUUGGCGGCCUUCGUGCUGGGCGCCGCCCUGGCCGCCGGGCUGGGCCUCGUCUGCGCACACUCAGCGCCUCCACUCCCAAGCCAGCCAACUAGAGCUUCGCCCAGUGGCCCUCAGCCCCGGAGGCCCCAGUGAGGCAGGUAAGUGUGUGUGGGGCGAUCUGGAGGAAGAGCUGGAGAAGGAAGGUGAUAAUGACCUUUCAUAGAGCUAACUCUAGCGGCAGGCAUGGCUCUGAAUGUUUUACACACAUUAAUCUUUCAAAUAACCUUCAGGUGGCUAUUAUAAUCCCCACUAGAGAGGAGGAAAAUGAGGCCCCGAGGUCUAGUAACUUGCCAAAGGUCAUAAUGUUUGGUGGAGCCGGGACUGGAAUUCAUGGACUGGGAUCACUGAGGUGGACUGUGGGGUCUGGAUGGAAAGGUCCUCAAGCCUUGGACAGGUACUAGGCAAGGGAUUUGGGAUUCAGACCCAGUUUCCACUCUCCCCGCCACACAAACUGAUAUAAGGCCAACGCCUGCUAGGAAGGGGGUGCGUAGUUUCCCCACCUUCGCUCAGCCUGCUCCACUCCUCCCCAGCGAUGGAGCCUUGCCUGCAAGGGGCACCCAACCAUGGGUUCAGGAGUAGGCUCUCCAGGACCUGAUCCGCAGUUCUGGACACCACACUUUGGGGCCUCGAUCCCUGUGCUUCUCUCCUUCCUUCCUCCCACCCCCGCUCCCAUCUGAGCUCAAAAUA